CAACGCAACCCAAGAUUUCACGUCUGUUCGCCGAUGGGGGUUUCUUUCUUUGUUCAGGACAGGGUUCGUCCCUCCAACACAGACCUGCUUGAAAUGAUUGGCCAUUGCAGAGGUCAAAUUUGCUUCAGAAAUGCGAGCAGGAGACAGAUAGUGGUUUGGGAUUUGCAAGGUCAAAGAAUAAGGACAGUUGUUGAGGAUGUGGAUGAAGCAGGACAAUCGAGCUACGGCUUUGGGCACACAAAUGGGGUUUUUAUGAUUGUCAGGCUUGGAAGGGAUGCUUUGUUUUAUAACGGGGAGGAUUAUGGAUACCACCUCCAUACUUUUGUUGAGGGACAACAACCACCCUGGGCCAGAUUUGAAUCUAGGUUGGCUGCUCGCUUCAAUUUCAGAACCGGUGGGAGUGCAAUAUUGGUCUCUGAGAAUGGCAUGCUUUACUGGAAAGCACAGCUUGAUGGAGGUGCUUUUAUUAUCACCUAUAAUUUGGAGACCCGAAAAAUGGGCGGCUUGGCAGCGCCUGAAGAUGAUGGUUUUAGUAACUUGAACAUGGUCUUGGGGCAUGGUUUUGAUGGACAGCUCUCUGCAUCUGUAUAUCUUCCGCCAUCAGGAAAUGAUGAGUACUCGAUGCUGCACGUAUGGGUUUUGCAAAGGGAAGGUCUGUCAUUCCACUGGCACAAGUUGCAUGCUUUCCGUUCAACUGUAUUCAAUGUUGAAGAUGAUUUCUUCAUUCCGCUUGUGUGCUACUAUGGCGUGGGAGACGAUGGGGUCAUUCAUAUACUCCUCCAUAGGAACAAAGAAGAAAUUGUGUGUGUGAUACCGGCAACAAAGCAGGUUCUACCGGUGGAGGGUGCUGCGUUUCCACCAGCAGGAAUCCUCGCCGUACCAUCUGGAAUUCCCAUGGAAGUUGCAGAUUCAAGGAAAUUCAAAGCCACACUGGCUUCUCGGUUUUGAGGUGUUUGGAGGAAGGUGCUCAGAUGUUCAUGCUAAAACCGCUCAAGCUGUCAGAUAUUAAGCAACUGAGAUGUCAUCUGAUGAACUGUAGGAGCUGAAACACAUAGUUUGUUCUGGAGAAGUGAAGAGAAGCUAAAGAAGUCACCUGCUAGUUUUGUUUUUGGGUUUUGUUUGAUCAGAACUUGGUAUCUUCACUUACAUUUUGAAUUAGGCAGAUCUUUU